AUGUCUAAUAUCAACGACCUCACCUUCUCUGACGACGAAAGCGACGCUUCUUUCGACUUCCAAGAGCCCAACUCUUCGAUUAUGUACGAAGAAGAAGAUACGUUCAUUGACGACUCGGAAGAAGACGAGUAUGUGGAGGAAAUCAAGAAUAACUUGGUUGCAAAGAAAAUGACCCAGUUGAAGAUGGAAGAUAUUUUGGAGGACCCUGCUUACGUCGAAGAAGAAGAUGAGACUUAUGACUUCCAAGAAAGCGACGAAAGCGACGACGACGAAAUUGCUGACUUUGAAGAAGUAUUCGACAGAGAAGCCAACGAACACUAUUGGAAUAAGUUCAUGACAUUGCACAGGUUGCCAGAGGUUGGACAAUAA